UGUAGCCUAAAUUCAACCAACCAAUUGCGUUUACUCCCAACAAGGCUUCGAACACUCCGUCGGAGCCACUGCCAUUACUCCACCGCCCACCUCCGUCCCUUCCUCCACCACUCCUUCUUCCCAAAUUACCAAAAUGACCUCGAUUUCCAGGUUGGAACUUCUCUCCCUCUCUCUCCUCCACUCUGCCUCCACCGCCCGCCGCCCCCAUCAGAUGCCCUGCCGCUUCAUCUGCCGGCCCGCCCCGAAAUUCUCUCCUCUCUCCAUUCUACCCUCUGCGUCCAACCAAAUUCCGGGUCCUGCCAGUCCCGUAUCCGUCGCAGCCUCAUCCACAUUACUUGCCAACUCUGUUCCUCCAAGAAAUGGAGUUUAUACAGUGGGUGAUUUUAUGACGAGGAGAGAAGAUUUGCAUGUUGUGAAGCCCACCACAACUGUGGAUGAAGCGUUGGAAAUGCUUGUAGAAAACAGAAUAACUGGUUUUCCCGUGAUUGAUGAUGACUGGAAGUUGGUUGGUCUAGUGUCAGAUUAUGAUCUAUUAGCACUGGACUCCAUCUCAGGUACUGGAAGGACCGAAACAGGCAUGUUUCCUGAAGUUGACAGCACAUGGAAAACAUUCAAUGAAGUACAAAAGUUGCUUAGCAAAACCAACGGACAAUUGGUGGGUGAUUUGAUGACACCAGCUCCAGUUGUGGUUGAUGAAUCCACCAAUCUCGAGGAUGCUGCGAGGUUGCUGCUUGAGACAAAAUAUCGCCGCCUUCCGGUUGUGGACGGUGACGGUAAGCUGGUUGGAAUUAUCACUAGAGGAAACGUCGUAAGAGCUGCCCUACAAAUCAAACGAAUGAUGGAAAUGGCAUAAGCAUUUGGAAGUGUCCAAUUCGAUCAAGCAUAUAGAUUGAAUGUGACGUGCUGAGGUACUUGUUCCAAACUGGUUUCGGGGAGAACUGCCACUGCAGAACUUGAACAAGCAAGAUUAGCCCAUCAAUCUUCUUUUUUAGUGUAUAUUAUCUUGAAACCUACACAUGUACAAUUUUGGCAUGCUAUUAAAUUGUGAGUUUAAAAAUCUAUGCAUGUGAAGUAUUAUUUUUGGAAAAUAAACGAAAACAAUGAUGGAAGUAGAAGUAGACAGUUGUGUGUAAUUAUUAAUAUCGACCUGCUUAGUUUAAUUAUGAGGCCUUAAUGAUGAGUUCA